GGCGCCGAGCGGUUAGACGCGGGAGCCCGGCUCUCCCCGCCUGCCGGCUAUGACCAUCACCUACAGCUGCGUGGCUCACGGCCGAGCGGUCCUGGCGGAGCUGGCCUUGACCGGCGGCUCCUAUCAGGAGGCAGCUGCAAAGGUGCUUAGGCAAGUGCUCCUGAAAGCCGAGCCCGAGACCAUAAUUCAGAUAGGCAGCUAUGUCUACCAUACUCUCUUUAUUGACGGAAUCACUUAUUUAUGUGCUACAGACAAUGGCUUGGAUACUAUGGCACCAUCUGCAUUUCUUAAAAAAGUCUCCCCUUUCCAUGUCCUUGGAUACACCAAUGGAGGAAGAGAAUGCCUGCAGUCCGACUAUAUGAAUCUCUGGUUUGUACUAGAACUCCAGGUUAGUGAUAUUUUUACAAGAAAUCCUUUGAUGUCACAAGAACAUUUUUUCCCUUCAAAUGCACUUGCUACAGAUUUUCAACAAAUCCUAGCACAGCACAUGGUGGAAUACAAUAAAAAUCCAAGAGACAACAACACAGUGUCUGCAGUAAAAAGUCAAGUGACUGAUGUAAAAAACAUCAUGUUGAGAAACAUUGAUACCGUUUUAGAAAGAGAAACAGAAACUGUGAGCAUCCUCACUGAAGGAGCAGAGGACCCCCAGGCAACGAUAUACAGCAUGUGUGAGAGAGGAGCCUGAGAUGGAGUCUGGGCCUGGAGGUCUCUUGGCAGCCACAGCUGUGUGUGAUGGGACCUGCACUGUGGAUGGGAACCGUCAGGCUAGCUCUUGACAUCUACAGCCAAAGAAACCCUGAAGGAAAUAGUCCAAGUAGAUGGCGCAUGAGAGCAGAUGAAAAGCCAAAGUUUCAGGAAUAGAUGCUUUUUUAAAAGUGACCACUUUUUUGGUUACUUGAAGUCAGUCACUUGAAGUGAAUAUUGAGUGCAGCAUUGUUGGUGAGAAGUAGUUGGAUUCUGGACACAUCUGUAAGGUGUUAAAACUGCUAAACUCCUGAAGAUGAGGUGAGAAAGAAAGCAAGCCCAGGGAAUCUGGGUGCUUUGGCCCUUGUUCACACAAGGGCUGGACACCUGCUCUCCUCCUGAGUCAAGGGGCAGCAUGGUGUGAGCUUUCACUGUCCCCAGGCUCCAGCUCCUAUGCUUUUUCUUUCUUUCAAAUCCAGCCAUAUAAUUAAAUUGAUUGUUUUAUCUACCAUUUCUAGGUGGUAGUACUUGGAAAGACACAGGAAUACUUAAUCCACCCUAUCAAUGGAGCUGUCCUACAGCAAAUGAGGGGGGUCCUGACCCAGAAAACACUGGCACAAAAGCAUUUCCCCAGAGACUUCCUUUUACCUCGCUGUCUUACCUUACAAUGCCCGACACCAUGUACACAUUACAUCUCCACUGCAAGAAAAAACAACCUUUCUGAAGUUAAAUAAAAAUAGUUGUCCAGAAAAAUGGAGAAUUUCAUUGUCAUGGCUGUUUAAAGACAGGAACUCACUACAGAGCCAGAUUUUGCACUCACUCUUUGCCUCGGCCUCCCAAGGGCAGAGAUUACAGGCAUGCACAUCUUGUCCAGCCAAAGGAUGAAAUUAGGCUGCCAUGCUUUACCAUACCACCUGGAAAGCAGACUCAUUCUCACAAAGUUCUGCUUUGCUGCCUAUACAAGGUUUGUCUCUUCAUGUCUUU